AUGGACCCGAGCCUGUAUUUUGCCUUACCUGAGAGCUCCGACCCUCUGACAAAUCCUUUGGACUUCGAGCAAUGGGUGCGGAAGUUCAAGGCGUGUGCAACGGCUAACAAGUGGGAAGACGACGACCAGUUGAAGCAUCUACCACCUCUACUCCGAGGUGAUGCAUGGAUUGUUUAUGAUGAGCUCAAGCUAAAUGAGAAAGAUACAAUGGUCAGCCUGGUUAAGAAUCUCUCCCACAAGUUGAAUAUUGCUACCCAGAUGCAGAGCAGCGAGCAGUUGUAUCGUCGAACUCUGGAUUCUGGUAGUGAGUCUCUACUCACAUAUCAGAAUAAAAUCCUCCGGUUGAAUGGGAACUUUCAACCAUUUGCAAAGAUCAUGACUCAAAGUUUAAGCCUGCCAAACGUCAAGCCUUGA